AUGGCUGCGCAGUCCAACUUGAGGCGGACGGCCGCCGAAGAUGCGCUGGCUGCUUUUAUCGAAAAAUGGCGCUCAGCAGUACGAUCGAAAUUAAGGGGGACGUCACGGACUACACGAAUUCUCGCCACCCUUGCCCUCACCUUGUCCGUAGUUCUCGGCGGCGCGGGAGCACGACGGCGAUGGAAAAGGCAGCGCCAGGAGCGAGAGCAGGGUCGAAAACUAGUCAGGACUAAUUCUUGGCUUCAUAACGAGGAUGGCUCCCGGACCAUAUAUGUCCCCUACAAGGAUGGAACAUCUAAGGUCAUUAUCAACACCACGAAACCGCUGACAUUUGAGGCACAUCGGCGCCUCUUCCUGAACCCUCCACGGGUUUCUGGGCUGGGUGAUGGUUCCGUACCGUCAACUCAGACGAAACCUGGUUUGAACUUGGCCUUCUUGCACCAAUUUCUCAGCCUAUUAAGCAUCAUGAUUCCACGGUGGUCGAGUAAGGAAGCUGGACUCCUUCUCAGUCAUGGAAUUUUCCUUAUGCUCCGAACCUACCUGUCACUUGUUGUGGCGAGACUGGACGGCGAACUGGUCCGCGACUUGGUUGCAGGAAAUGGAAAGGCUUUUCUUUGGAGUAUCGCAAAGUGGUGCGGCUUGGGAGGGUUUGCCUCUUAUACCAACGCCAUGAUCAAGUUUUUAGAAUCCAAAGUUUCCAUCGCUUUCCGCACUCGACUAACCAGAUACAUACACGAUCUUUACCUAAACGAAAACCUCAACUACUACAGACUACAUAACCUGGACGGCGGCGUCGGUCACGGCGCUGAUCAGUUCAUAACGCAAGACCUGACACUGUUUUGUGCUGCAGCCGCUAAUAUUUAUUCCUCACUCGGCAAGCCAUUGGUAGAUUUAUGCGUCUUCAGCUUCCAGUUGUACCGAUCUCUUGGCCCAUUAGCCCUGUCAGGUUUGAUGAGUAACUACUUCUUGACGGCAAGCAUUCUCCGGAGGUUGUCCCCGCCAUUUGGGAAGCUGAAGGCUGUAGAGGGUCGGAAGGAAGGAGAUUUCCGCAGCCUGCACGCAAGGUUGAUUGCAAACGCCGAGGAGGUUGCCUUUUAUGGCGGCGCCAACAUUGAGAAGACGUUUUUGAACAAGGAGUACAAGUCCUUGAAGAGCUGGAUGGAAGGAAUUUACAUGCUCAAGAUUCGCUACAACAUCCUCGAGGAUUUCAUCCUCAAGUACAGUUGGAGUGCCUACGGGUAUCUGCUGGCUUCACUUCCUGUGUUUCUACCUGCGUGGGGUGGUAUCGGUGGUGCAGCCGAGAUGGUCGAGCACGUGGAAAAGGGUGGUCGUGAGCGCAAUCGAAUGAAAGAUUUCAUCACAAACAAGAGGCUCAUGCUGUCACUGGCCGAUGCAGGUGGUAGAAUGAUGUACUCCAUCAAGGAUCUAUCUGAACUUGCCGGUUACACUAGCCGAGUGUACACACUGAUCUCAACUCUUCACCGCGUACAUGCCAACGCUUACUACCUACGAAGUGGACAUAACGAACUUUACUCACUUUCGGAUGUGCAGGGAACAAUACAGAAAGGGUUCGAUGGUGUCAGAUUGGAACAUGUUCCAGUUGUUGCUCCGGGGCUGUGGCCACAGGGCGGAGAGGAGCUGCUAGACUCGCUUUCAAUUAUUGUUCGCAGCGGUGAACACCUUCUUAUCUCCGGUCCCAACGGCGUAGGAAAGAGUGCGAUUGCACGUGUGCUGGCUGGACUGUGGCCGGUGUAUCGAGGCCUCGUCAGUCGUCCCAAAAACAUUGGACAAGAUGGAAUCAUGUUCCUGCCUCAACGACCGUACCUGAGUCCCGGCACGUUGCGCGAUCAGGUCAUCUACCCUGAUGGACACGUUGACAUGAGAGAGAAGCGGACGUCAGAAAAUGAUCUUCAGAGGAUACUUGAUGAAGCGAAACUAGGUUAUCUGCCGGACCGCGAGGGUGGCUGGGACACGCGGAAAGAAUGGAAGGAUGUGCUCAGCGGCGGCGAAAAGCAGAGAAUGCAGAUUGCGAGAGUUCUCUAUCACGAACCAAAAUAUGCCAUCAUCGACGAAGGAACUAGCGCUGUAUCGAGCGAUGUAGAGGGCCUGCUCUACGAGACGUGUAAAGAAAAAGGAAUCACUUUAAUAACGAUAUCAACGCGUGCCUCGCUGAAGAAGUACCACACCUUCAACCUCAUGCUGGGAAUGGGAGACAGUGGUGAUGCGUGGGAGUUUGAGCGUAUCGGCACAGAGCGUGAGAAAAUGCAAGUCGAGAAGGAGGUGCAGGAGCUUAGGGAACAGCUGGCUGAGGUUGAAGAGCUGAAGAAGCGACGCGACGAGAUCGAGAACGAGCUCGCAUCGGUGUGGACAGACAAAGGAGAAAGUCUAGAGGCCCCAACGUACACUCGAGAGGAACCAGAGGCAGUUGAGACUGAGUAG